UAUUUGUCUCAAGGAGUCUCAGGGAAAACCUCAAGGACCUCAGAGCAUUUAGAAAAAUAAAACCUCUGUAAGCCUGGUCUAUGCUGAUGCUGUGCAGAAGGGAGUUUGUCCCCUUCUGGUCCCUGAGACCUUGGACAUCGCCAGCAUAGAGUGAACUGAGUCAUCUCUGAGUGCUGGGAACCAGCUCAGCAGCCAGCAACUCCUCUGAAAGAUGCUGGCAGUCUAGCCAGCGAGAUGGUUGGAAUCCAUGGGGCCUCUGGGAAGGCGCUGUGGGUGGCCUGGGUGGCAGGCACGCUGUGGUCCAAGCCUUCCAUUCCCAAGCUCUGUGAACAGUCACCCCUGGUGCCUGCCACAUGGCCCAGCCACCAGUACCUGGGGUUAGGGGCCAGGCCAGGCUCAUUCUUUCCUUCAGAGGAAGGCAGCCCAUUUGCCUUUGCCGAGACCUGGAUCCUCCCACGAAGCAAGCAGCACUCCCUGUGAGCACAGGAGCCACAGCCCCAAGUGGCAGGGGAAGGCAGCCCCUCUCUGAUGGGGUUGCCUGAGCCGGGCCCUCCCGGCUUCCUCAGGGCCCCUGGCUCUGCAGGCAGUCAGAAGUGGGAGCUGCAUCCCGGGACUGAAGAGGUUAACGUGCAUCUGCCUCCGAAUGUUAAUGUGUCUAGGUGAUGUCAGUGGGAGCCAGGGAAGGAGCCAGUGGGGAGAGCAGUGGGGCUUGGAGGCAGCAGAGGCUGCCAGGCUGCCGAGGAAGACCCCCUUCCAGACUGCGGGGCUCGGGCUCCGGGACAAGCCGUGGGCGCUGGAGGCUGCCGCAGCCUGCGUGGGUGGACCGGCGCGCGGGCGACGGGCAGGGCAGGAUGGACCUGGAAGCCUCCCUGCUGCCCACCGGCCCCAAUGCCAGCAACACCUCAGAUGGCCCGGAUAACCUUACCUCGGCCGGGCCACCUGCUCACACAGGGAGUGUCUCCUACAUCAACAUCAUCAUGCCUUCAGUGUUCGGCACCAUCUGCCUACUGGGUAUCGUUGGGAACUCCACGGUCAUCUUCGCGGUGGUGAAGAAGUCCAAGCUGCACUGGUGCAGCAAUGUCCCCGACAUCUUCAUCAUCAACCUCUCGGUGGUGGACCUCCUCUUUCUCCUGGGCAUGCCCUUCAUGAUCCACCAGCUCAUGGGCAAUGGCGUCUGGCACUUUGGAGAGACCAUGUGCACCCUCAUCACUGCCAUGGACGCCAACAGUCAGUUCACCAGCACCUAUAUCCUGACUGCCAUGGCCAUUGACCGCUACCUGGCCACCGUCCACCCCAUCUCCUCCACCAAGUUCCGGAAGCCCUCUGUGGCCACCCUGGUGAUCUGCCUCCUGUGGGCCCUCUCUUUCAUCAGCAUCACCCCCGUGUGGCUCUAUGCCAGGCUGAUCCCCUUCCCAGGGGGCACAGUGGGCUGCGGGAUCCGCCUGCCCAACCCGGACACUGACAUCUACUGGUUCACCCUAUACCAGUUUUUCCUGGCCUUUGCCUUGCCCUUCGUUGUCAUCACGGCCGCGUAUGUGAGGAUCCUGCAGCGCAUGACAUCCUCCGUGGCCCCUGCCUCGCAACGCAGCACCCGGCUGCGGACAAAGAGGGUGACCCGCACAGCGAUCGCCAUCUGCCUGGUCUUCUUUGUGUGCUGGGCGCCCUACUACGUGCUACAGCUGACCCAGCUGUCCAUCAGUCGCCCGACGCUCACCUUCGUCUACCUGUACAAUGCGGCCAUCAGCUUGGGCUAUGCCAACAGCUGCCUCAACCCCUUCGUGUACAUCGUGCUCUGUGAGACCUUCCGCAAGCGCCUGGUCCUGUCAGUGAAGCCUGCAGCCCAGGGGCAGCCUCGAGCCGUCAGCAAUGCCCAGACAGCCGAUGAGGAGAGGACAGAAAGCAAGGGCCCCUAACGCUUCCCCUGUCACCCUGGGCACCUCCAAGUCAGGACACCACAGCAGACCAUGGGAAGAGAUGCUGAGAAAAACCCAAGACAGCUCUGGGAGAAUGCAGAGAGGCUGGGCGGUGAGGGGCUUUUGCAACUAGAAACAUUCCACAGGGCCCACCAAUUGCUGGGGAGGCUCGGAGCCAGGUGUAGGGGCUUCAUACAUCAAAAAUCCCUUGGGAGAGCAGGAUGAGACCUUCGAGUUGAAGAGAAACUGAGCAAGAAAAAUAUUUUGGUUUAAAUGUUCAAUGGAGCCCUACAUCUGCUAGCUCCCAAAUGACUUUUUCCCAAGAGAAGAGGUGGAAGGCUUCUGGCCGGGUUUAUUUAAAAUCAGGCAGGGCCUGGGUGUGGGCAGUGGGGCCAUAUGGCACAGGGCCCUGGGGAGAUGGGAAAGGUCGUAUGGCCUCGGCUCUUUCCCAUGUCCCAUUAGUGAUGGAGGGCAGCCUUUCUCCCAAGCUGGAGGAUGAUGAAAAAUGAAGCAUGCCAUCUCUCUGUGUUCCAGCAUCCUGUGUUGAUUUCCCUUUGUCUCUGGGGGAUGCCUGUUUAUUUUGGGGGAGUGGGGCUCUGAGCCCAUAGGAGUAAAAGCCCCAUUUGCUAGGAGAUCCACUUAUUGAGAAUGACAAACCUACCUGAGGUGGGUGUGGGUGUGGGUUGUGAAAUUAAGAAAAACGGGGAGGGGCAAGGGAGCUUUUGCAGCUGUGGGGACAUUGUUUUCUUGGGGCACAUUUGUCGAUCACCAGAGCCAGAGUGAGCGCCCACCAGUGUCCUGCACGUGCAGGGGUCAUUCUGAUGCCUGCUGUGUUGGCUUCAUCUUUUGGCUCUAGCCCUUCCUCUCCAAAAGAAAAAUGAAUAAAGGACAAUCUCCACCCACA